GCUGUUAGAUAUCAUCACCUUGAGUUGCUGCACUUUGGUAACACUACCCGAGACUACAGAGGCAUGUUUUCAGCUCCGGGCCACCCUGUUUGUGGCUCUUUAGCUACUUAGUUAGCUCCGUGUAGCCGCUAAUGAGAGCAGCCGGCGGCUGUAGCCCGGAAUGCCUCGGAGAAAGAAGAACGGCCAGAGCCCGGCCAGAGUCCCCGGCGGGCCGCCAGAGGGGGGAAGCUUCGGCCACAACACGGGAUUUAACGGUGCCAUGGCGAACAGCUUUUCAUCCAGCACCUCGCUCUCCAGCUCAGACAAGGAGAAAAUCGUCAAAAGCAUGCAGGAGAUGUUCUCCCACCUGGACCCCGAAGUUAUUUACAUCGUGCUGUCCGAGUGUGAUUUUAAAGUUGAAAAUGCGAUGGACUCUCUCUUGGAGCUGUCUAAGGCUGCUGAAGGUGCAGCCCCUAUACCUUCUCCUGUCUCUGGCUUUGAGCGCACUGCUGCAGCCCUUCUAAGCCCACGCCACUUUUCUGAACCUAGAACUGACCAGAACUCCUCCAAACUGUCAGUGCUGUCCACCUCUCCUCCCUCUACCAAUCUCCUGACAGAGGAGAUGGACCUGCUAGUUGAUCAAGAGCUAGAGACACUAACUGCGCAACAAGGCGUUAAGGAAGAGCACCCCGGCAGCCAGUAUUUAUCAAUUGGUACGUCCCUUGCCUCUUUUCCUCCACCACCAUUCCCACAGCAGGUUCUCCCUGAGCUGCUUCAGUCGAGCCUGCAGCCCGGGUCUAGAGGGCCUCCUGGAGGCGUCCCGGAGGAGCAUAUUACGGGAGCUUGCUCUCCGCUCAACCAGCUCAGCACUUGGGAAGACAAGGCUGUUGAGGGGGAGCAGCAGUCGACGGUGGAUUUCACACAUCUGAUGACAGAGAAGCCUGGAGACAAGCCGAAACCUCCUUUGGACCUGGCAGCUUCAGGACGUCCCUCAGCUUUCCAGGUGUAUAAGAAGCAAGACCCAUCACACACUCCUUCAGACGAGGCUGGGCUCAUGCCCUCUAGAGCCAUAGUCGGAGGAGCGAGAUCUAAGGUGAGCAUGUUGAAUCAGGAGCCGACAGGCUACAUACCGCCGCCCUGGAACCUGCAGGCACCGGCGUUUUCUCCCCGUGUCCAUGGAAACCAGGGGCCAGCUUUCAUUACUCCUGUGGCUCAAGCACCUUCCAACUGGCCCGGACUACCCAGGCAUGCCUCUCCCUGGCUGAAUCACAGCCCAGUCAGCCAAGCACCUCUCAAACCCUCUGCUACUAUUCCAAAGUCCUGGGCCCUGCCUGCUGCUCCACAGCCUCCUGCCCAGAACAGCAGGCUCCGUUUGCAGGGGAAGGUCCUUGUGAUGCUACGUGGCGCUCCAGGGUCUGGCAAGUCGACCUUGGCAAGAGCCUUGUUAGAGCAUAACCCAGGUGGAGUUAAACUCAGCACUGACGACUAUUUCUCUCGCCAUGGAGUGUAUCAGUUUGACCCUGCUGCUCUGGGGGAGGCUCAUGAGUGGAACCAUAAACGAGCCAAGGAGGCUUUUGAAAGGGGAGCAAACCCAAUCAUCAUUGACAACACAAACCUGCAGGGCUGGGAGAUGAAACCGUACGUGGCUAAGGCACUGAAACAUGGAUAUAAGGUGCUGUUCCGAGAGCCGGACACUUGGUGGAAGAACAAGCCGAGAGAACUGGAGAGACGUACCACACACAGUGUGCCGGUGGAAAAAAUCAGACGCAUGCUUGAUAGUUAUGAACGCUACGUCACAGUCCAGUCCAUCAUGGGUUCACAUAUUCCUGAGACAAGACAGCGCCUCCCUCUGGAGAACCGAAGCUCACAGCUGGUGUCUUCUGAAACACCUUGUCCCGACCUUGUGGGGCAGCCUGGAUUGACUGAGGGAUCUAAGAAAUCCCGCCCUCAGCUGUAUUCCUCUCUCCCUGACGUGUCGUCUAUUGGUCGUUCUAAUGAGGUGGGAAUGCUGAGAGAUGGCACCCACAAAUCUACCGAGUCCCUCACUUUCCAACCUGCUGGAACACUUGCAGAAAACCCUGAGAUGUCCGACGAGGAUAAUGACUUGGAUUUUGGGGAAUUAGAUUCUGAGUUGGACGCCCAGUUAGAGAUAAGUCAUCAAAUAGGAAAUCAGAGAGUCCCUGACUGUAUUGUGGAAUCAGUGAUGAGCGAAGAUCGUGGGGAUGAAUUGCCUGUGGCUUUCUCUGAGUCAAUAGCACAAAGAGUGAGGAGAGAAAGGCCAAGCAGGAGGUCUGGUUUUGACAAGUUAGAGCCUGCAGAUUUGGUGAAAGAUACUAACCAGUCAGACAGCGAGACACAGAAAGCUGAAGGGGAUGAGAUGAUUAGGGAAGGAGGAGAGAAGGGAAUGCCUAAGAUGUUGGAUUUCACAGGAGACUGGCCUUGUGAAGAGUCAAUGGAGCAGCGACGAAUGAGUAGAAGAGAAAGACAUCAAGAAGGAAGUGGGAAGGAAGGUGAAGGUGUGUCUCAAGAAACUGACAAAAAGAAAAGAAAGGAACAGCCAGGACCCAAUGUGACAGAGUUCCAGAAGCUUCUUGAUCUUAUCCAGACAGGAGUAGCUGACAUUCAGACUGGCUCCUCCCGUUCGCCCUCCCUUUCUCCGAGCUCUGGAGAGGAACUGGAGAAAGAAGAAGAGGCUAGUGGCAGGUUUGAGGAAUCUCAUGGCAGUAGAUGUAACCAAGAUGAGAGGGAACAAAACAUGAAAAGAGUCAACAGCAGCAGAGGUGAGUUACCUGACUGUGUGUUAGACUGGAAGGCAGCUGACUCUUGUAAGGUCAGGGAACCGAGAAUCGAUCAUUGGGAGGCACUUGAAACUGAAAAUGAAGCGUGCAGUACCAAAGAAGGGAAUGUUUUAGAUAUCGACAGAGACGCAGCAUCUGAGGGUUUGAAAUCAGGCCACCCAACAAAUCUCCUCUCAGCUCCUACUGCUGAUUCACUAGUUAUCGCCAAAAUUAUGGAGCCAAAUAUAUGCCAUGAUGGAGAGGAAAGCCAUAAUAAUGAAGGCAGGGUUGGUACAGAGCCCACUGCUGGUCAUGUUGAUAUGGACAGGAAAAACUGCGCAGACAAUGGCAGAGAGACGAGAGUUGAGGCUGAUACUAGUGAGGUGUGUCAGAGUCCGGUGUGUGAGAGCUCUGUGGAAUCCGAAAGCGGUGCUUUCAGUGGAGGUAGUCAGGAGAAAAAGCAGCGUCAGGGUCGUAGGUCGGGGAAACAAUGCAAACUGGCCCUCACCUUUACUCAAAACUGCCCUGCUGCUUCACUGAAUACUCUUGAAUGUCCCGAUACAACAGCCCAAAGUAUAAAUAGCACUCAGAAUGGCAUUAAUACAGAUGUUAAUCUCGACUGCAGCACCUUAAGCCUUAAACCAAACCUUGAGUGCAAAUCUCAGGCACAACUGCAGCCUCCAUCUCCACCUCUUCUGGUCGACUUUGGCAGCCCAACCCAGACAGAACCUCAAGACUUUGCUCUUCUUUGGCGUCUCAAUCAUCAAGAUAGCACAGAUGAUGCAGGUGUUUCUGCGUGCAGCCAUCCCCGUGACAUCACAGUCCUGUCUGGAAACUCUUCUCACUUUGUGCCGGAGCUGUCCUCUGCCGUCUCUGCAGCGGUGGCAGUUCACCCAUCUGGCCACAGAGAGGUACCCUACCGCGUGGUGCACGAGAAAGGCACACAGGUGGAGGAAAAAGAGCUUGGGGCUUUUCAAGACAGGCUUGAGAGCCUGCGCAUUCUUAGCCGACAUUUCAAACUGGUUAGUUUUGAUACAUUAGAAGAUCUUUACAACAAAUGCCAUCAGGACCUAGAAUGGACGACCAACCUGCUGCUGGACUCUGGAGAGAGGUUCUUCAGAGAUGAUGGAGAGAAAGAGGAGGAGGAGGAGGAGGAGGAGGAGGAUGGUGCUGGGUGGGAAGAUAAGUCUGUAGAAACUGAUGUAUUGGAUGAGCAACACCCUGAAGCUUUGCCAAAGGAGGAGCCAACUGGAUCUGAGGAGGUGAUUAAUCAGUUAACCUUUGGGACAGUUAGUGAAUCUAGUUUAAUAAACAAAGAUCAUGCUGCUGAUACAAUCUCAUCUCCUCAAGCAGAACGUAGUCUGCCUCCUAUAGUAAAAGAAGGAGAGAGAUGUGAUGACACUGAGCACAAAGUGACAUCAGAAGCUGACCCAGAAGGCGGAGGCGCUUGCGGUGGAAACUUAGAUGACGGAGUGAUAAUUGAGGAGGCAAGAGUUGAGAUUGAGGAGGAGAUUGCGAGCAUGGACGAGGUCCACCGGCUGCUGCAGGCUGAGCUUGAAGAGAUAGAAAGAGAGCAAAAACAGAAGAAGGAGGAGAGGACUGAGAGGAGGCACAUGGAGGAGAGAAGGAGCAGACACCCAGACAUUCAGAGUUUGGAGCUGAGACUUCCCACUGAACUGGCACUGCAGCUGACUGAGCUGUUUGGUCCUGUCGGAAUCGACCCAGGUGCAUGCUUCUCUGAUGACAAUGCAGUGCAGAUGGACCUGAACCUGGCUAAACUGAUCCAUCAAACAUGGAAGGAAACCAUUCAGGAGAGGCAGAGACAAGCAACUCUUUCCUUUCACUUGCUUCAGGAAAGUUCAGCACACUGGGGUGACUCGCAGGCGGACAGAUCUGGAUCCCGAGAGCGCACACAGGCAGCAAACUUCCUGAUUAGUGCAGAUGGUUACGCGUCACAGGACAGCCACCCAGAGGGCCGGGGUCAGAUGCCAUUCAUGGACCACUGGAAUGUCCCCCGCCCACAUGUCUCUUUUAGAGAUAUUAUUAAAGAACAGCAGGCUUUGCAGGAGAAUGUGAAAAAGACCAGACAAAGUCGCGCAGACCUUGACCGGCGUGAUGGAGCCGCCCUGUUGAAAGAGAACCAACUGUACGCACUGUUCCCCUCCAUCGACAGGCAUUUCCUACAGGACAUCUUCAGAGACCACAAUUACAGCCUGACUCAGACAGAGCUGUUUCUUCGCCCUCUACUGGAAGAGGAGCCUGUCAAAACAGUGGUCGCCCCGGAGGCUCCUCGCCCCGACCACCUCAGAGCAGCCAGCAAGGAGAGGGGGAAGAGGCAGAAGCCCCCGGAGUCAAUUGUACCUAACUAUCAGGACACGGAGGACCCAGAGUAUGUGGACUUCAGGGCCGAGGCCAGCCAACAGAGGAGCAGACAGCUCGAGUGUUUCUCCAAGGCUGCGGAGGCCUACAAGCAAGGUCGCAAAGAAGUAGCCUCAUUUUACGCGCAGCAGGGACACCUGCAUGGUCAGCGGAUGCGUGAGGCCAAUCACCGUGCAGCAGUUCAGAUAUUUAAGAGGGUCAACUCAUCGCUGCUACCAAACAACAUCCUGGAUCUGCAUGGGCUGCAUGUAGAUGAGGCCCUGGAGCAUCUGGGCCAGGUCUUGCAGGACAAAACCACGGAUUGUGAACAGGGUCUGUGUCGACCUCAGCUCUCUGUCAUCACAGGAAGAGGGAACCACAGCCAGGGGGGCGUGGCCCGCAUCCGCCCCGCCGUUAUAGAAUACCUCACCAACAAACACUACAGGUUCACUGAGCCAAAGCCAGGUCUCGUGUUGGUCUCUUUGAAGUGAGAAGAACCUAGUUUAUUGGAUUCAAGCUAAAGCUGCUAUGGAGGACAACAUACACACACAAACUAUAUCUCUAUACCUCUCCAUAUUAUUUAUAUAUACAUACAUACAUACAUUUACUACAGUGUAUACAGUAAAGUACGCUCCUUGUUUGUCAUUUCUGUCAGGUUGAGUACCUUUCCCCCAGUCAUCUCUUUUUCUUCAUCAGUCACAUAACCAGCAGAGAUUUCAAUUACUCUUAAUCUUGGAUAAAUUGAAGUUCAUUUUAGUCAAGACCUUAAUAUUUUAAUAUUCUUUCUUUUGUAUUUCUAAAAGAUUACUGCAUAGGUGUGAAACACAAAUGUAUUUUUAUGCAGCUGUAAAGCUGGAAUGUAUGUACAUUUUAAAUUUAAAAAUAUAUGUAGUGUGAUUUAUUUUGCUAUACAUUUAUCUCUGUCUUUAAAAAUAUGCUAGAUCCCUGUGUUUUGAAAGCCUUGUGUUAAAAUAAGGUUUUAUUUAAUCAGUCUUACUUUAACCAAUGUUUGAGGCAUAAUGUGACGAUUUUAUGAAACUUUAAUUGAAGAAUGACUGCAUGCUGUCUGCUUGGAGGUUGCUCUCUAGGAAAUUAUGUACUAUGGCAUCCUUUUUUGAGACGCAAUUUAAGGAUUUUAUUAGGUGCCAUCUAGUUGUCACAAAAAACAAACCUGUAGUGUUACAGUGAGUCUGGUGAGCCUGAAACUCUUGAUGAUAGAUGAUGAAAAGGCCAACAAGGGUUAAGUAGUUUGAUCACCCUCCUCUGUGAGUCCUGCUGCAGUCUGCCUCCUUUGUCUUAGCAGCUGCCCUAGCAACUUACUGUAACUGUUCAUUUACUUAAAGCCAAGCCAAGCCGAGCUUAGCUGCUAAUGUAUAGAUAUCAAACUCAGGUAAAGAGUCAUCAUUGUAAGGUUUUCUCUUUCGAGGCCAGUCAGUUUCCAGAAUAUUCCUGGGAGCUUUUUUUUUUUAACCUGUUGUGCCAAACUUUGUAGCAGUUGUAUUCCUCAGUUUGCUACAUUAUUUUUGUACAUUUAAAAUAGCUUCUGUUUUUCUAUUUGUGUGGUAUUUUUCAUAAAGGUGCAACAACAAUGUUGACUUUUUUACUGCUUGUACAUAUUGUUGUAAACAAAUGAAUCAUGAAGAGAAAUUUGUAUUUUUUUAUUCAUUUGUCCAAAGGGUUUUACAGAGAAUAUUGUAUUGUGGAAUAAACUCCUUUGUUUACAGUGAAGAAUAUGAAGUAUGAAUGGAUUUGUAUUGUAGUGGAAAACCUAAGCCUGUGUUACUGUUGUUUGAACAAAACAAACCAUCACUAAACACUGAUAACCUGUUUUAACCAUUUUAUAUUUGUCCGUGUAUCAAAAGUCUUGCCAUUUUGUGAGUGAUUGCAUUGUUAUAACAUUGUCAAAGUUAAAAAAUAAAUUAAAAAAAAGAAUCAAA